AACUGGGAAAGCGCUGCAGUUGGCAGUCGGGCUAGCGAAGAGAGGCGCCUGCGCCUGCGCCUGCGAGCUGGGCUUGUGAGUGCGGCUGCCCAGCGGGCAGGCGUGGGGCUAGGUCAAAGGACUGAACCAGCAGGAGCGUCACGGGCGCCGGGGCGGCUGCCGACGGCGGGCCUGGGUCAGUGAGAAGCCCGUGAACCCCCGCCCUGCCUGCUACUCCCAUCCUCGCCUGCUGCGCGCUCCACGGGGGACGACCUCCGAUUGGGUCCGAUGCCUACCCUCGGGGUGGAGCCGGCAGGUUUUCUAUCAGAUGUUCCACGUAAUAAUGCUGGAGUUAAGAAGUUUCCAUUAUUUUGCUCCAAACCAGAAGACUCUGUUCCCUGUAUAUAGAAUAGGAGUAAUGUUUGAAAACAACUGGCUGGUGUUUAAGACUGAAGAUUGUCGUGACUGUUUAUCCUAAUCCCAAUGCUGAAGUAAGAUUGUCUUGGAAAUACUAAGUUGGGAUAAUCCAAAUCUACUUCUGGAACCAUGAAAAUUUUGCUAGUUUUUGACUUUGACAAUACAAUCAUAGAUGACAAUAGUGACACUUGGAUUGUACAAUGUGCUCCCAACAAAAAACUUCCUAUUGAACUACAUGAUUCUUAUCAAAAAGGAUUUUGGACAGAAUUUAUGGGCAGAGUCUUUAAGUAUUUGGGAGAUAAAGGUGUAAGAGAACAUGAAAUGAAAAGAGCAGUGACAUCAUUGCCUUUCACUCCAGGGAUGGUGGAACUCUUCAACUUUAUAAGAAAGAAUAAGGAUAAAUUUGACUGCAUUAUUAUUUCAGAUUCAAAUUCAGUCUUCAUAGAUUGGGUUUUAAAAGCUGCCAGUUUUCAUGAUGUAUUUGAUAAAGUGUUUACAAAUCCAGCAGCUUUUAAUAGCAGUGGUCAUCUCACUGUGGAAAAUUAUCAUACUCAUUCUUGCAAUAGAUGCCCAAAGAAUCUUUGCAAAAAGGUAGUUUUGAUAGAAUUUGUAGAUAAACAGUUACAACAGGGAGUGAAUUAUACACAAAUUGUUUAUAUUGGUGAUGGUGGAAAUGAUGUCUGUCCAGUCACCUUUUUAAAGAAUGAUGAUGUUGCCAUGCCACGGAAAGGAUAUACCUUACAGAAAACUCUUUCCAGAAUGUCUCAAAAUCUUGAGCCUAUGGAAUAUUCUGUUGUAGUUUGGUCCUCAGGUGUUGAUAUAAUUUCUCAUUUACAAUUUCUAAUAAAGGAUUAAUAUGCCAGCAA